UGCGAAUAGACUAUCGAGUACAACGAGAAGGAUAUUAACUGGUGUCUCCGUCCGUUUGUUGUUGUAGCUUUGUUCAAUCCGAAUACGGACUCGCACUAUCAUAUAUUUUUGUUUACUUGUAUAACCACAUCCUCCCACAGAGCUGAAAGAUCUGAAAAGAAGAAUGUUUUCGCUAUUAAGUGGCGUUUACGAGUAUGUGGUGCAGAGACCAGAACGUCGUUGUCUCUUUUUGGGCCUCGACAAUGCAGGAAAGACGACUGUGCUAGAGCAACUGAAAGCCGGUUUCGGAAUGAAAAGCUGGGCAGAUCUGUCGAAAUUACCGCCAACAAUAGGGUUUAAUGUCGCAAAAAUCCACAUCUCUGGCGUUGACGCGAUUUUCUGGGACCUCGGGGGACACAAAAAUUUUCGCAUCGUCUGGCAAAACUAUUUUGCGGAGGUAGAUGGCAUCGUUUUUGUUGUGGAUUCCAACUCAACGCCAGAGAGGAUUGACGUUAUGCCGUGUGAUCGAUGUCCGAUGAAUUCACAAACAAAUUUUGAAUUUAAUGUGCGCACAUCUCGGUAAGCAGCAUGCAACAAGACCUACAUCAUUACCUCUAGAAAUGCAAUCGUAAAACGGACUAUUCAUCAUGAAAGAUUGUCUCGCUUUUCCGUCGUACUUGUUAACCUGACUUCUAUUCUCCUUCGUCCUUUCCUCUCUCUCUCUCUCUCUUCAUGGAAAAAGCAAGGGACGUACUGAACAAUGUUCUGGCACACCCGCUGAUUACGACCGAUAUACCGAUUUUGAUUUUGGCGAAUAAGCAAGAUUUGCGGAGCGCUCUUAGUGUGACAGAGGUCUGUGCACGCUUGAGAACUGAAAAGCUCGAGUCAGAACGGAAAGCAAGCGUUUACUUAUGUCCCUGUUCUAGUUUGUGUUUAAUUCAUUUUCAGCCCUCUAAGUAAAUCGUUUCUGCUGUUUGAAAGCAACUUGUUGGUUUGCACUAGUAUUAACUAGGCAUGGCCAUCACUAUGAUCGUCAUCAUCAUUAUCCCCCCUCUCCCCAUUCCUAAAAAGAAGUGAAAACCUCUUUUGAACAGAGAUCCAUCGAGGGGGUAUUUCUUCGCGGAAAGUGGACUAGUCAAUUUAUGAAAUCUCUAAGGUAGGUCCACGGUUGUGCAGCUUUGAAGAACGACGGACUGGCAGACGGGAUCAAGUGGUUGCUCGAGGAAACGCUCAUGAAACCACGCGCGCCGCCGACCGUGAGAUGACGACUGGUCAUUAUCCAGAGAUUCAUAUUCAUUCUACUCCUGCUGCCUUUCUGAUUCUGAGGUUCAAAGUGGAAAGGCAAAGGCAGGGAGAAAUAUCGUUUCGACAGAACCACAUAGAAGGACAAGGAGAGAGUACGGGCAGUAGGUGCGUGGAAGCAAAAGAAAGGGAGUAAUCUAGCAUGCUGAAGCAAAAGCCAAAGCGGGAGAAAAGCAGUAGCAGAAGUAGACGGUGUAAGAAGCAGGAGCCGAAGUGCGUGAUAGAAGCUGGCACUCUCAUUUGCAGCAGGCAGUAUACGCAAGAAUAAGGAGAAAUCAGCCGAUAAAGUGAAAUCGGGAGGAAAUUUAUGCUCGGGAUGCGUUUCUCAUCUACUACACAGCGCUAGCUCGUCCCGAUCGCUUGUCCCAAUCGGAUACUGCUGAGCAAGGAGGGCUAGUCAGAUCACUCGUAUUCAUGACGCACCGGCUUCGGCGCAGCCGUUUGCCUCAUUACGCUACGGUCUAGUACGGUGGCAGCGACAUCGGCAUGUGCAGGACGAUUCCUACUACAAUUACACCUACUUCUCGUUGCAUUAUUUGGGUUGUAGCAGGAGAGUCUCCUACGAGAGGUGUGCUCGGAGGGUCAGCCGUAUGGCGAGCAGCACCGUGAAACCCGGAGUGCCGAAUAAGAUUGAUAACUAUAUGGCGAUGUUAGAUCUAGAGGGUGAGCCAAAUGAUUCGCGAGAGUCCUCAGUUCGAAGUGAAGCCAGUGAAAAAACAAGGGUUCGGAUCGGGCCUUUGUUCGACUUUCGUGCGAAAAAUUAACACUGUGAAAAGUUUACAGGGUGCGAAGCUCGCGCAGCGCGGAAGGUGGGAACCUGUAUUAGUGUGAUAUUGAAGAGCAAAACACCUCAUGAGGAAUCUGCGUAGCUUUCUGCACAAGUUUGCAGCUUCCUAUACAGACAACAGGCAGAAAAAGCAUUUGUCCUUUUGAGCACGUGGCACAAAAGGCGUGCCACGGUUUAGAGGCUUUUCCCCAGCCCUACGUGAUGCAAACAUCAUCUAGCAACCUGCAGUGAGUAUCCCUUGUUUGAUGAUCCACGCGCAUGGUCAUAGUGGACGUCUUGCGUGCCCAUGGUGAUGGUUUUUGAU